AUGCAGAGGCUCACCAUGACCAAGUCGUACAGCGAGAGCGGGCUGAUGGGCGAGCCCCAGCCGCAGGGCCCCCCGAGCUGGACGGACGAGUGCCUCAGCUCCCAGGACGAGGAGCACGAGGUGGACAAGAAGGAGGAGGACCUGGAGGGUCUGCACGCCGAGGCCGAGGAGGACUCCCUGCGGAACGGAGAGGAGGAGGACGAGGAGGACGACUUGGACGAAGAGGAGGAGGAAGAGGAGGAGGAGGAAGACGACGACCAGAAGCCCAAGAGGCGGGGCCCCAAGAAGAAGAAGAUGACCAAGGCGCGCAUGGAGCGGUUCAAGCUGCGGCGCAUGAAGGCCAACGCCCGGGAGCGCAACCGCAUGCACGGGCUGAACGCGGCCCUGGACAACCUGCGCAAGGUGGUGCCCUGCUACUCCAAGACGCAGAAGCUCUCCAAGAUCGAGACUCUGCGCCUGGCCAAGAACUACAUCUGGGCGCUCUCCGAGAUCCUCCGCUCGGGCAAGAGCCCGGACCUGGUGUCCUUCGUGCAGACCCUCUGCAAGGGCCUGUCGCAGCCCACCACCAACUUGGUGGCCGGCUGCCUGCAGCUCAACCCGCGGACUUUCCUCCCCGAGCAGAGCCAGGAGGUGCCGCCGCACGUGGCGGCUGCGGCGGCGGCGGCGGGCGCGCCCUUCCCGGCGCAUCCCUACCCCUACCAGUCGCCGGGCCUGCCCAGCCCGCCCUACGGCACCAUGGACAGCUCCCACCUCUUCCACCUCAAGCCGCCGCACGCCUACGGCGCCGCGCUGGAGCCCUUCUUCGAGAGCGGGCUGGCGGAGGGCGCCAGCCCCGCCUUCGACGGGCCGCUCAGCCCUCCCCUCAGCGUGAACGGCAACUUCUCCUUCAAGCACGAGCCGGCCGCCGACUUCGACAAGAGCUACGCCUUCUCCAUGCACUACCCCGCCGCCGCCGCCGCCGCGCUGGCCGCCGCGCCCGCCCACGCCGCCAUCUUCCCGCCCGCCGCCUCCCGCUGCGAGAUCCCGGUGGACGGGCUGGCGCCCUACGAGGGCCACCCGCACCACGAGCGCGUCCUCAGCGCCCAGCUCAACGCCAUCUUCCACGACUGA